GCACGGCAAUCGUAUUACGAGUCAAUCGUUGUGUCUUUAUAGGCGAAACAAGUUCAUAUACUCGCACACAUCAAGUCAAUUAAAACGGCGUUACUAACCGUAUUUGAGUGAAAACACAAAAAAAUUAUACAGCAACUUAUUUAACAAAGCUUAGUUAUUACUUCUAAAUAUAUCAAGAUGCUCGUCUACAAAGAUCUAUUCACCGGCGACGAAGUGUGCUCUGACGCAUACACCCACCUUAACCCAUUCGACAACCCAGAAUUCGCAAGCGUUGCCUUUGAAGUUAAAUCAUCCAAGGUAGCUAAGGGAAACGAGGACUACGGUAUUGCCUGCAAUGAUGAUGAGGAAGGUGGUGGUUCGUCCGUGGCAGCUGACCCUACCGUCGAAAUGGUCAUCGACAUCGUUGACGCCUUCAGGCUUCAGGAAACACCCUUCACCAAGGCAGAAUACACCGGCUACAUCAAAAAGUACAUCAAGCGUGUGACUGCACAUUUGGAAGAAAACGCUCCCGAUAAAGUAACAAGUUUCAAGGAUGAUAUCCAAAAGUUCGUCAAGCAUGUAUUGGGUAACUUCAGUGAUUUCGAAUUCUACAUCGGUGAGUCACUCGACCUAGAAGCCGGUUUAAUUUACGCCUACUACAACGGAGAAGAACUUGCUCCUAGAUUGGUCUACAUUAAGGAGGCUCUUACUGAAGAAAGGUACUAAGAUACUUGCAUUGCUAGAUAUUUAAACACAACUAUUCCCCCGUUUUGCAUACACAUGGUUACGAGAUGUUAAAUAACAUAACCUUCGUGGAUUAAUCUUUGGUAUAACACC